AUGGUGCGUCCGGUCGUGCGGCCGUUUCUUGUCGCCUUGGCACUAUUGCUGACUUCUUCCCCGGCGUUUUCCCAUCGCAGCUCCACAUACUACGACUCAAAGGAUGGAAUAGGGAUUUAUCCUUUCGACAAAUCAGAAGAGGAGGAUGAUUUUUCUUUUGAUGAUGUGUCUGACCAUUUUCCAAACAAGUGGAGUCUCAGCGCCGAGUUUGAUAGCAAUACGCAUUUUACGUCACCACCGAGUAUGAUGGAUACCUUCGAAAAAUUCAAACGUCAGGCUGUGAAAUCUGUUGUGCCAGGGGACGAGACAGUUAGAUUAAAAGAAGGCGGAUCAUCGAGCCCGAGACUUAAUACUUCUUUGAGCUGGCAAACAGCAACGCUGAUAUCUGUUCUUUGCGUGGGAGCGGUCGUCGUAGGUGUGAUACUUGGAGUUCUUUACUGGCCAAAAGCUGCCUUUGGUGAGAGGAGGGAUUCCCUUGAGGGCAGUAAGAGGGCAGAAGCCGUUGGAAGUCAAAGCCAUGUUAGUGACAGAUCGUUAGCCCACUCUGCACAGAUGUACCACUACCAGCAGCAAAAACAACAGAUGCUUGCAAUGGAACAGGCGGCGGGAAGGAAUCGCAGCUCGGACAGCAACUCGGAUAGCGAGGGCGAGGAGCCAGACGUUAAUGUCUACGAAUGCCCUGGAUUGGCGACAGCCAGCGAGCUCGAGGUAAAAAAUCCCUUGUUCGAAGAUGAACAUGGUGAAGGCAUCCGAGCGUCAUCUGCGAGGAGCUCCAAGUAG